AUGCGUAGGAGGAAAAAAGAAGAGAAAAAGGUCUCCAAGAGACCCGCCAAUGUCGCCUUCAAACAGCAGAAGCUGCGAGCGUGGCAGCCCAUUUUAACGCCUAAAUCAGUGCUUCCUGUGUUCUUUAUUGUGGGCCUAUGUUUCAUCCCGCUGGGCGUGGUCUUCUUCCUGACAUCUAACAGUGUGAAACAUUAUGAAGUUGACUACACCGAGUGCAUGUCGAUUGAUAACCCUGGACAGACGUGCGCUUCGAUUGUUCUAAACAAUCAGACUGCCGCUGCGACGAAUUUCUGUAAAUGCAGUGUCGAUAUUGUCGUCGAAGAAGAUAUGAAUGAUCAGGUCUACAUGUACUACGCCCUAGAUAACUACUACCAGAACCACAGAAGAUAUGUAAAAUCACGCGACGACAAUCAACUACACGGUGGGUCUGGUGUACAAUCAACCUGCGAUCCUUUGGAUACACUAUCAAACGGAUCAGCGUACGCGCCCUGCGGUUACGUCGCUAACAGUUUCUUCAACGAUACUAUCUACUUGUUAGAUUCAGCCGGUGUAAACGUGAGUUUGGUAGCGGACAAUAUUGCCUGGACUUCGGACGCCGACACCAAGUUUAAGAAUCCCGCGAGCUUUGACGGUACUGUCCGCCCUCCUAGUUGGACGCACAACGUCACUGAUUUCCCUGCCACCAAGAAUCUGGAUCUCAUUGUCUGGAUGAGGGCUGCUGCGCUACCAAAGUUCCGCAAGCUAUACCGUAAGAUCGCCGAUGUCACUUUGCCAGCGGGGACCUACACUUUUGACAUUACUUACAACUACCCCGUGACUAAGUUCAAUGGUAAAAAGAUGAUGGUUCUCAGUACCAGCAGCUGGAUUGGUGGCAACAACAACUUCAUGGGCAUCGCGUAUAUGGUGGUAGGCACACUCAGCCUUGUCACCGGCAUUAUCCUGCUGGUGCGUCACAUGGUAUCACCCAGACAGCUGGGUGAUCACAAAUACCUGACUUGGGAGAAGUAG